AUGCAUCUGUGGCUGCGUCGUCAUGGCAGGGAAGAGUCGGUGUCAAUCGACUUUGUGCUACACGAAAACUGCAACAUUCAAGACACGGAGGCGAAUCCUUUUCAAAACGCCAGCUAGCUCGCAGGCUAACAACGAUAUCUGUUUCUCCACAAAAAGGCCUGCAUACGCAGAGAGCGUGGCUCCAGUUGUAUGGCCCCCAAACUCUUUAUAAACCACGCCUGGGUCACCUGCAAAUGCUCACCUCAUGCAGACGAGAAGACUGAAAGGAGAGAGGUGAAUAAGGAAACCUGUUUUUUUUUUUCAUAUUUAAGAGGCACUUUGUUGUUUUAGCGGCUCCUGGUACCAUGUGGACAGCGGUGGUUUUGGCUUUGUGCCUGGUUCUGGCUGGAGCUCAACCAAUGGAGGACCCUACGUAUGGGGUGAAGCUCUGUGGGCGAGAAUUCAUCCGGGCAGUUAUCUUCACAUGUGGAGGUUCGAGAUGGAAACGUUCACUGGGGAGUUCAGAUGGUUUAGAGGAUCCAUUUGGCAUCUAUCCGGAGGAAUCUUCAGAAGGCUUAAAACAGAACUUUGUGGUGGAGAGUCUCUUCCAGAGGAACAAAGAUCUUAGCUUUGUGUCCAGAGACAACCAAGAGGGAGUGUUCAGCAGACCCACACGCUCCUUCAUCACUGACGAGAUCCUGGAGGCUCUUCGCAAAGCUGACCGCAAAGGUCGGGAUGUGGUGGUGGGUCUGUCCAACGCUUGCUGCAAAUGGGGCUGCAGCAAGAGUGAGAUCAGCUCCCUUUGCUGAUGUGGGCAUAAACAAGAUGUUCUUUUUACUCUGACACACAUCCACACAAAUAUGCAUAUUUUCUGGUGCACUUUUUCCCAUCUCAAGUUGUCAUGACUUUUUUUAUUUUACACACAUGUAAGCACUUAAGACUUUUCUUCUACUAUUUUUUUUUUAUUUAAAAUUGUUUUUAUCUUUUGUAACGGUAAAAAUGCGUCCACUCAAAAAAGUGUCUUUUUUGUCGUUACCAGCAACUAAAGAUCCUAUAUGUUAGUUUGUAGAAAUGUAACGUUCAUGUUUGAUGAAGUUUUAUGAUUUCUUUUUGUAUUUGUGUGACUUCUGAUGUUUAAAACUAUGUAACAAAAACAUAAAACUGCUUUCCUGGU